AUGGCUUUGUAUGUGGGUGGGAAAGUGGCGGGUGGGAAAGUGGCAGCCCACUGGACCCUCCUCUCACAGCCCCCCUUCUCCCUCCUUGCUACCUUCUCUGCUGUAGACGAUCUAAUCGACCAGAACGCCAACCUAGCUGAAGCCAUAUUUGCCGCGGGAUUCAAGUCAUUCCUGGCACCCACUCUGGAUAGCGAAUGGGUUGCUUCCAUUGUUCCCGAGAAGUAUGCGCGCGACGAGUUCAAGGUCUUCGAUAUCGUGCUAGACGCGCUCAUAGCAGAUGGCCGGGGCAACAAAGCGGGCCAAAACGACGUGGAAAAGGCACGGAGUUGUGUCAACCAAUUCUACCGCGAAUGGAGUGAGCCGGGCCAGGAGGAAAGGAAAGCUUGUUUUGACCCUGUUCUAUCGGCUCUGCAGGAGGAAUUUACUUUGCGCGCCAAAACCGCCGAGGAUCCAGUUUCUGAACCUGAUCGCGGUGACUUCAGAGUCCUAGUCCCAGGCGUGGGCCUCGGGCGUCUCGUCUUCGACAUUUGCCGCGCGGGAUUCAGCGUCGAGGGCAACGAAAUCUCGUACCACAUGCUCAUGGCCAGCGCGCUCGUGCUCAACGAGACAAAACAUGCACAUCAGUUUUCCAUUGCGCCCUGGGCACUUGGCAGCUCCAACCACGUCUCGCGGGCGGAUCAGCUGCGCACGGUCGAGAUACCGGAUGUGCAUCCGGCAACGGUACUCGGGAAGGAACAGGCGUCGCGAGUGCCGGCUUCGGACCGCAUGAGCAUGUCCAUGGGCGACUUUUGUGUCGUAUAUGGUCGAUCGGACUAUGCAGGUGUAUUCGAUGUAGUUACGACUGUCUUCUUUAUCGAUACUGCCCCGAAUCUCAUCCGAUAUAUUGAGGCUGUGGCGAACUGCCUGAAGCCAGGCGGGAUAUGGGUGAAUCUCGGUCCUUUGCUGUGGCACCCGCCGCCACCUCGCAGAGAUCAUGGCGAAGGGGACGAAGGCGAAGCGAGUAGGAUAGAAGGCGAUGCGGGAAUAGGGGACCCGGGGUCAUUCGAACUUACCAACGACGAAGUGAUUGCGCUGGUGCAGUACUUUGGCUUUAGUAUAGAGAGGCAGGAGACGGAUACGAUUCAAACAGGGUAUAUUACAAACACGCGGAGUAUGCUACAGAGUACAUAUCGUCCUUCGUUCUGGAUAGCACGCAAAAAAGAUGAGAAAUAG